AUGGCAACAUGGACCUACCUUGCUUCUAUGGAGCUUCUUUCUUCACAUGACAAAUUUGUUCCCAACUAUAAAUGUAGCAUCCACCAAAAUUCAAUUUGUGUUAUUGCUGGACCAAACUCUCAUAACUCUCAGGUUAUGACUGACAUCCUAAGCAUUUACAAGAUUCCACAGCUCACAUAUGGCUCUGCUCCAGCGAUGGAUAACAUGAUUCAUACAGCUUUCUUCUAUCAAAUGUAUCCAAAUGAACAUCUUCAUGUUAUGGGGAUUCUCCAGUUGCUGCUUUAUUUUAAGUGGACUUGGAUUGGGAUAAUUUUUCAAGAAAAUGAGAUUGGUGAACGAUUUCUGAGGGAAGUGCUUAUUGUCUUAUCCCAAUAUGGAAUCUGCUUUGAUUACAUUGCAGAGCUUCCAACAGUAGCUUUUUCUGAUGAGAUAGGAGAACAAAUCAAUACUUUCAUUAAAUUAUGCAAAGUCAUUAUGAAAAGUACCUCCAGUGUUGCAAUUGUAUACUCUGAAAACCAGGCCAUGGCAGGUUUCAGAACAAUCUCCUAUGUUUCAGAAUAUUUGGACAGAACAGUUGAGAGAAAAGACAAAGUUUGGAUUUUCCCAGCCCAAAUGGAAUAUACUUCAGUUCCUUUUCAAAGAGAUUGGAGAAUGGAUUUUAUCCAUGGCGCUCUUUCUUUUGCAGUGUCAUCAAAAGAAUUAUUAGGAUUCAAUAGAUUUCUUCAGAUGAGAAACAGUGUUCCAGAAAAUGAAGACAGUUUUUCAAGGGCCUUUUGGGAACAAGCCUUUGAAUGUUCUUUCUCAAAAUCCACUUUAAACCCAGAGUCGGAGAAAAGAUGCACUGGGGAAGAGAAGCUGGAGACUCUUCCAGACUCUGUUUUUGAAUUGAGCAUGACUGGGCAAAGCUACAGUAUCUACAAUGCAGUCUAUGCUGUGGCACAUGCUCUCCAAGCCAUGCUUACAUCCCACUCCAAACACAGAGCAAGGGCUGGUAGUGGAAAACAUAAGCUUUUUAGUCAUCAAGUGUGGCAGACACAACCUCUUUCUUUGUGUAUUGAUGAUUGCUACUUGGGAUACAGCAAGAUCAAAAUAGAAGGGAAGCAAUUUUGCUGUUACAAAUGCCUUCAUUGCCCAGAAGGGAAAAUUGCCAACCAGACAGGUUUAGAUGACUGUUUCCCAUGUCCUGAAGAAAACUACCCUAACAAGGACCAGACUCUGUGCCUUAAGAAACAUACAACAUUCUUAUCUUACAAAGAACCCUUGGGAACCACUUUAAGCAGUAUUGCUUUCUUCUUUUCUUUCAUCUCAGUUGUGGUCUUGGGGAUCUUCAUUAAAAACCAGGAAACUCCCAUAGUCAAAGCUAACAACAGAAAUCUCACCUACAUUCUUCUCAUUGCCCUCCUGCUCUCUUUCCUUUGCAGUUUGCUCUUCAUUGGGCAACCUAACCAAGCAAAAUGUCUCAUGCGACAAACUGCUUUUGGCAUCAUCUUCGCUGUAGCCCUUUCUUGCAUUUUGGGGAAAACAACCAUAGUGGUUCUUGCUUUCAUGGCCACCAAGCCAGCUUCCAAAACCAGAAAAUGGGUUGGGAAAAGGCUGGCUUAUACUAUUCUCCUGUCUUGCUCCCUGGUUCAAGUCAUAAUUUGUAGUGUGUGGCUGGCAACUUCUCCCCCAUUCCCAGAUUCUGACAUCCACUCGAUGACUGAAAAAAUUGUCCUCGAAUGUAAUGAAGGUUCAGCCAUCAUGUUUUAUACUGUCCUUGGUUUUCUGGGAUUCUUGACUGUUAUUAGCUUCAUAGUGGCUUUCCUUGCUAGGAAGUUACCUGACAGUUUUAAUGAAGCCAAAUUUAUCACUUUCAGCAUGUUGGUCUUUUGUAGUGUCUGGAUGUCAUUUGUUCCAACCUAUUUGAGCACCAAGGGGAAGUACAUGGUAGCUGUAGAAAUCUUCUCCAUUUUGGCUUCUGCAGCAGGAUUACUAGGUUGCAUCUUUUCCCCCAAAUGCUACAUUAUUGUUCUGAGGCCCGAAUUAAACAAAAAGGAACAAUUAACCAAGAAACAAAAGUAA